AUAUGUUCAUAUAUACCGCCUACCUAUCGAUGUAUUCAUAUAUUAACCUUCCCUAAGGUAAUUGGAAUCAAUAAACGCGUGAAAGUAUUUAUAUUGCCUAAAGGUUUGUUUUGUGUUGUUGAUAAAAUGGCGAGCAAAAGAAAGCACUCGGGAUCCCAAAAAUUGCAAGACGAAUUCUUAAAAAAACACACGCUUGACUCUGACGAAGAGGAUUCUGACGACUACGAAAGGGAAUAUCUCAAUGAUAGCGACAUUGAAGGCGGCGAGGAGGGCGUGGCAAAAGUGGAAGACGAUGUAAAGGUAACACCCUUUAAUAUGAAGGAAGAACUGGAGGAGGGGCACUUCGACAAAGAUGGUCACUACCAUUGGAACAAGGAGACGGAAGCAAAGGACAAUUGGUUGGACAACAUAGACUGGGUUAAGAUAGGCACACAAAAGAACGCCUUCGACCCGGCCAAAGACGACCAAAACUCGAACUCCUCGGAUGAGGAUAAGAACGAACCCGCGGGCAAGGCCUUUAACUUGUCUAUGAACCUGAUGAAAAUGCUCGAGUUUAUGAAACAGGGAGAAACCGUCAAGAUGGCCCUGCAGCGUCUGGGAAGUCAGCGUCCCGUCCUAACAACCCUUCAAAGGAUUAAGCAGAAAAAGGCCGGCAUUGUUGACCCAAAGACACAGGAAAUUUCUCAGCUCACCGAGCUGGCCAACGAGAUUCUCUCGAAGACGGGGAAUAUGGAUAUAUAUCAGGAUACCUACGAAAGCAUCAAAGCAAAAAUCGCAGAUUUGCCAGGAACAAGCAAACCCAAAGUAGCCGAUGAUAUUGAUAUGUAUGCAGAUGAUUUCGAAACAAAAGAAUUGGAGCGGUCCAAGGCAUCAAAUGAUAGCUCCAAACCAACGACGACUACCUCGGAGGUUACCUGGGAGUUUAAAUGGUCACAGGAUGAGACUGAAAUCCAGGGCCCCUUUUCCACCGAGAAAAUGUUGAAAUGGUCCCAGGAGAACUACUUCAAAAACGGAGUCUAUGUUCGAAAGUGCGGCGAAAACACAACUUUCUAUACUAGCAACCGCAUAGAUUUCGAUUUGUACUUGUAGCCCCUAGGUAUUAAAUUAAAUGCUUUUAAUUAGUUUUCCGCAAAUAGACCUUGUUCUAUGAUAUCUGUAUACUUUACAAGAGGAUUCUCUUAAUUUACACUUUGUUUGAAGUUAAAAUAAAUUUCAUAUGAAUGAUUGAUUACGUCUGCGCUUAAAAGC